AGUAUAAAACUUUAUUUCAGUGAAAUAAGAUGAAAUUAUUGAUCAUCCUUCUUUUAUUUGUCAUCAAGUCCUGCUUGGUGGAAUCAACUGACUCUCAUGAAUCGUCACAUGAAUCGAUACAUUUUAAGUUAACUCGCACAAAUUACUCAGAUUAUAAAUCCUUAACUAAAGAUUGUGCAAUUCGUCCAAUUCGUAAAAUGGGAUAUUUUACUCGUGCUUUGCCGACUGCCUUGAUUAUUCAUGGCUAUGAAGCAGAUUAUAAAAGUGAAAUGGCUAAAGAAUUAGUGAAAGCUUUCGUGUCUAGACAGGAUCACAAUGUGAUCUUUGCUGAUUGGAGUGCUUAUGCUUUUGAUGACUAUUCGGAAAUAACUCAUGAAAUUGAUCAUAUUGCCAGCGUUUUUGUUUACCUUUUGAACAAGAUGAUGGAUGAUGGAUAUGAUUUAACGCAAGUCUACAUCAUUGGACAUAGUCUUGGAGCUCAUAUUGCUGGACGAGUUGGAAAUCUCCUUCAACAUCAAAAUAUUACAUUGCCUAGAAUCACUGGACUCGAUCCAGCUGGUCCACUUUUUGACUAUCCUGCAAUUAAGAAAAAGAUGUUCAAAAUCAGUUCCUCUGAUCACACGCCUCUUUCAAAAGAUGAUGCAAAAUUUGUAGACAUUAUUCACACAAAUGCUGGACUUUACCGAGGAUCGUUUAUUUCGCACGGCCAUCAAGAUUUCUGGCCAAAUUGUGGCGUUUUUCAACCUCAUUGCGAUGAAUGCAAGAUUUCUAAAAUCUUUAAAGACUAUAAAGAUUGUUCCAUGUGCAGUCAUAUCGCAUCUUGGCGCUACUAUGCUGAAUCUGUGAGAAGCACGGUUCCAAUUUUUGAGGCUGAAAGAUGCCAUACAAAGAUAUUGAUGAGAUUCUUCUGUAAUGGCGAUAAAACUUCAAUGGGAUUUCAUGCAAACGAAAAUGCCAAAAAUGGAGAUUAUUAUAUUGAAACUAAUGAUUCUCCACCAUACUCAAAAUAGACGAGUUUGUCUAAGUUACGUGAUUUUGUUGAAUGUUUUGUAAAAUACAUGAUUUGAGAAUUUAAAUAAAAAAAGACAAAAUCUAUAUUUUAUUCAGUUUUUUCGAUUCAGUUGCGAAUUGAAG